GUUGUAGCUGUAGCACUGUGUUUUUUUUUCACAAUGUGCGUCCAACUUUAGUUAGAACUAGUAAGUUUUCACUACUAGCUGUUUAAGUAGGUCUAGCGGGGAUUUUUUAAAUAAACGUCGUCGAUUAUGACGCUAUUUCGCUCGCAGGUUCUGCUUCACCUUCAGCGGAAUUUUUUUUCAUCGAAUGUUGCGAGCAAGAAGGAUGCUGAGCAACACCGAAUUGUGUUUGGUAGCUGCAUCGGCCUAAAGCAACAAACAAGUUUUACAAAGCUGGUCAUACCGAUAAUUCCACGUUUUUAAAGGGAGCUGCUGCAGGCACAAAUUAAAAUUGUCGUUUUUUUUUUCGAUGACUCGCAUCCGCGGCGAUGGUGGGAAGGCUUCGGGAGGAAAACUGAUUUUCUGCGAGGUUUGCACGGAGUACGAAAAUCAAGCAGAUGCGUUGGCUUUGCUCGACAGGCUAAAGUCGUUCGUGCUGGCUCUGCCGCGCGUGUCCGCCCGUCCGAGUGUUCUAGAGGAACUGCCCCACGACAGUGAGAAUCUCGGGUAUUGUGUGCACGCAUCGCUGGACACGUCGAAAAGCGGAGUUCGGGGGAAAAAUGGCAACAAGCGGACGAACAAGCGGAGCGGCCAGCAGCGCAGCAGCAGCGCGCUCAUCGAGGACGAGGAGGAGAAGCGGUACCAUGCCGCAACAACCCACGGGGCCGUAAUCUCCAUCAAGCUGCGCCGCUCGGGCUCUGGACCCACGGACUACCUCCGCUUCCUCCCUUUUCCCGAGCUCCUGGCCACCUUCUGUCACGAGCUGGCGCAUCUGGAGACCAACCGGAAUGAGCACGAUGAAGCCUUUUACCAGAGCGUCGCGUCCACCUGCGAGUGCGUGGAUCCCAGCGGUAAGCAGUACCACCUGGUGCGCCGCCUGCGGCAAGAGAUCUUCAACGCCAUUGUGGAGAAGGACGUCGCGCGGGUCGAAGCCAUUCUCGCCCAUCUCUUCCCCGCGGACACGAAAAAAUCCCCCGCCAGCCUGUGGCUGCAUCCGGAGUCGCGAGAGCUCUCGGCCAAGCUGGCCGCGGGGGGAGCUGCAUCUUCUACUGCUUCGGUCGGAGGUCUGCUUUCAUCCAAGGACAAUAAUCACGCUGGAGGGACGACUAAGAACGCACCGUCUCUGAGAAGCCCGUCGAGUCCACGGGUCCGGGAGCAGGAGCAGCAGGAGAUCUACCCGCCACCGCACGACGAUUACGAUCCCUAUCCGGAGCAGCAGUCCGUCUUGGACUACUGCGUGUCCUACCCGGACGUGAACAUUUGUUCCCUGCUCGCGAAAAAGAUUUACUCCCGGGCAUUGGUCCAGCGGGCCAUCGACCGCGGGGAAGGGAGAAUCGCGGUCGUGCAGCCCGACGCAGAAGGCGAGGAAGCGGGCGAGAAUGAAGUAGACAUGGUUCGUACUUCUUCUGUUAAAAAAACUGAGGUAACAAGUAGGGAGGAGGGUGCUUCUACAACUGCAACAACCACGCUCACGGAGGCGGAGGAGUCCUCGGUGAAAGCCUGCGUGUCGGUGUUGCGCAAGCGCUUGGUGUACCUGAACAAGAUAUCCUCCAAGCGGGCGGCAAAGUCUCACCAGGACAAAAUUCGCUUAGUAGUGGACGAAGGAGCUGAGGGAGAGGAGGACGCCCUCCCCUUCACAAGCGCUGUAAGCGCUGGUGUCGGAGGUCCAGAAGAAGCUGCGCAGGUGUUUCCCACAGGUGCAGGUCAUGAUGAAACUACUCCGCAGCAUGGAUUUGUCCCCUCAAAUCCAAGAGCGGCGGGGGACAGUGUCGCAGCCGCAAGUGGAGAUGCGUCAAGUUUCCCGGCCUCGUCCCCUUUUUCCGCGUUGUCUCCCUCGGGUAAAAAAAGCAAGCGAAGUCGACCACGGGCGGGGGACGUGAGUUUCUCGCCGUACGCAGAUCACACCACCGGUUUUUGCAGUCCGCAUUUCUCAGGUAUUCUUUUAUUACGUUAUUUUUCAAUUUUUACCAAGGCUGUGUCGCCCACAUGGCUCACAAGAUAUGUUUAUUGAAAUGUGUUUGACUUUGAGAGUGGGAGAAGAUGAUUUAUCGCCGCUUCUGAUGAAGUUGCAUACACCAAAAACUAGUACAGGUUCCUCGCCCUACUUCGCCACUGGUUCCAGCAUCCAGCAAUCUUUGAGCGCGAACGCAUUGACUUCGGUGCCACACACAUGGCUGGGGGCCUCCAUUCCGCACGCCACGCUGCGCUGGCAAGCAAGCUUUUCGCCGACACACCGAAAUGGCGGGACGGCAACGGGCGGAGAUUACAACGAGAUCGGGGAGGAGUUUGCGAUUGCGCACACUUCUUUUGUGGACACGAAAAAACAGGAACAGGAGCUGUCCAAGGCACGGCUGGCACGCGAGAGGCUGUGGCGAAAGCGAAGAAAGCGGCGCGUACUGACGACUCCACCUUCCAAAGAACAUCAGUGGAAAAGCGAACAAGCACUAAGCCUGUCUUCUGAUCCAAUAAAAUACCAAGGGCCGAACAGCAGCGGCCGCGCUGCUGCCGCGGUUGGAGGAAAUACAAGUAGCAGCAAAGUCGGCCCUCCAGGUGGACCUCCCUCUAAGCCUGUUAGUACGUCCGUGGGACCGAGCUACCUAGACCCUUCAUUUUCCUCCUACAUUGACGUAGAUGCGGCCGCGUCUCGUCUCGCACCGCCGCCGCUCUCGGAAAUCGCAAGGAAUUUAGCCGGCGCGAAGAGCAUGAAGGAUUACCAGGCGGCGCUGUCUCCAAGAGCGAAAGACAAAGGGAAGGAUAAAGAGAAAGCAGAGAAGAAAACAAGCUCCAAAUCCGGGUCGACUGCUGCGAGUAACAAGCAAAGUAAGAACAAAUCAUCCUCAGCUUCUAGCGCUGCACCAACUGGACUAAAUGCCAGCACCGCCACCGCAGGGGAGCACAGCAAAAGCAAUACUCUACCGGAACAGCAGCUCCAGCCGUCGAAGAGUAAGACCAAAUCGAAGUCUGGCGGAUCAAUCACGACCGGCGCUACGACGCUCAGUUUUUUCGGCGGAAAGUUUCACCUUGACAGCAUGAAAGAGGCAGAGCGAAAGAAAGCGGCGUCGAAAUCCAAAGUGGCUAACGACAGACACGGCAUCGAAUUGCCGAUUCUUGCAGAGGACGAGACCACAACCGUAGAAGACCUGAUUGCGAUAUCUGCGAAGAAACGACGCUCUUCGCGGGCCAAGGCGCUCGCCGCAGCGGCGCAGAAGGAGGCUGUGAGGCGGGCGGCAGCGCGCGGCGGCUCUGAUAGUGUUAGCCGACCGCCGCAGAACAAAAGCAGCUCCCAGGACGAUUCCGUGUCUACAUCAGUCGGAGCAGGUGGCGGGCUAUCCGGCUCUUCUGCAUCUUCAUCUUUUCGCGAAGUAGAGGACGGCACGUUGGACGAACGGCAGAACGAUAGCGGGAUCGCAAACUAUAAUCACCAGACCGAGCGACUGCGGUUAGGUCCUCCGCCUGCACCACCAUUUGCCUUGGCACGGGAAAAAAAAGCAGGAAGACGCGGCGCGGCUGUAGAACUACAGGAAGAGGAGGAUCACGGAGACGGGCGAGGCGACGAGCAAGGUACUGGCUCGCAGGCACGGAGACGGAACAACUUGACGCGACACCAUCUUCGGGAGCCCGAUAACUUGGAGCGGGUGAUUGCAAGUAAGUACCGGCUCUUGUGAAUUUAUAAAGAAAAUUUUGACGUCCUCGCAGUAGAUGAGAUCUAGAUCUAGAUCCUGAAAAAGAAAAGCAUAUUACCGACUUUUCCGGAUCUGGAAUCGAUGGUGUCUCUGGCUGAAGAAAAGACAAAAGUAAAAAUCAAUACCGACAACUCGAUAACAUCAACAGAGCAUUGGAGCGCUGACCGCCUGGAAACGCUAGCGGAUCAACAAACAAUUUUGGCGGCGGCGUCCGGAUUCUCAGAGCGUGAGGUGGCUUCGCAAAAAACCGGCUUCCUUCGCACUGCGGCGCGCACGGUUUCGAAUCUCAAUGCCGUGCACAUGCUGCGGAAAGAUGUACGAAGGAAAUACAGCUCCAGCGACAAUGUUUUGUUCGGGCGUCCCCUGUAGGUCCCGCAGGGGAAAAUAUCUCCAGCAAGAAUGAACGUCGAGCAGUAUCGACGUGCCUGAGAGCCAGGCGCCUCGCACUUCUACGUCGCCUAUUCCUUUGUUCCUCCACCUGUAGCAACCUGCUCAAAUUAUAGCACGAAGUUUUUGAAUUUAGUGCCAAGAUGUGAACUGUAACUUUGAUGGACGUGGAGCGUGAAACGUCACCCUCAGUGAUUGUUUUACAACUUUCCUGUUUCUCUCUUUCAAGUUAUCUUGUACGAAUCAAUUGCUUUCAUCAUCUUGUUUCCUGUCUAUUCAGCCACAACGUUGGGGGUGAAAUGUCCCCAUGUAGCUCCUUGUAGUACUGAAGUAACUUUAGAACGACCACAUGUACGCUGGCUGUGAUUGUGAGUUCGUGAGCUCUAAUAUGCUGUAUGGAGCUUGGCACUGGCAGAAGCAGAACCACUCUAAUUUACUGCUGAAAGAACUUGUCAUUCACCAGGUUCAUACAUCGUUCUCUCUUUCGUUCCAGCACUUCGUAUGACUGAUAAUUUC